ACGAAGAAGAACAAGGAGGGAGGGAAGGAAGGAAGGAAGGAAACAGAACGUUUGUUACCGGUUUCAUCGUUUACCGCUGAUGGAGCUAGCAGUGUUGUGGCGGGUGGUACUACAUGAUGAAUCUGGUCCGCAAACGCAACUCCAGCUCUCUCAAAGGUGGCCCUGACAAAUCUAUUAGGACAGAGAAACCACAGCCUAUAAGACCACCAGCAUCCCACAAUGUACCAUCACCACUCACAACAGAGGCCAGUGGCAUUGUCACCACUUCCAAGGAGGAGAGAGGCCUGGAGGUCCAUGGGACAUCGUCGCCAUGGAGACGGUCUCCCAGGUUCAAGAGUCAAAGCCUGCUUGGCCAGGUUCCCAGCGUGGACCUUCUUGUUGCUGAGGGAUCUCCAGGUCAGGUAGCGAAUGAAGAGGAGGCUGUCCAGUGCAGCCCUGCACAGUGCCCCCCUCAGAUAGAAGAGGAUACAGACACUGACCUGGUCAUCACUAUGGAUGAAAGGCAUGGCGGAGGACACAAGGGCAGCAGGAAGAAGGUAGGGGUAAAGAGGAAGAAGAGAGCUGCGGACAGAGAGGUGGGAGAAAGACAGCAGGAAGGAGACGGUCCCGAGGUGGAGAUUGACAGGGAGCUGGACCGUGAGCUGGAGAAUAAGUCCAGACAACAUAACCUGACCACCGCCAAUGUCCGCAACAUCAUUCACGAAGUGAUCACCAAUGAGCAUGUGGUGGCCAUGAUGAAAGCUGCCAUCAAUGAGACGGAGGCCGUGCCUGUCUUUGAGCCCAAGAUGACACGUUCCAAAUUCAAGGAGGUGGUAGAAAAAGGAGUGGUCAUUCCCACUUGGAACAUCUCCCCCAUCAAAAAGGUCAAUAAAGAGAAGGCACAACAGUUUGUGGACAUUCAAUUAGCGGAGGAAGACUCCUCUGAUGAAGAGUACUGCCCCGACGAAGAGGAGGAGGACGAGACAGCGGAAGAUACAUUUCAGGAAAGUGACAUGGAGAGCACGGCCUCGUCUCCAAGGGGAACCAGAGGAGGCUUCCACAGGAAAAUACACACAGAGUGGGAUGACGACAGGAGCUGCAGCCCCAUGCAGGUCAAUCACAGCAGGUCCAGACACCUGAAGGUGGAGGUUGUCCCCAUGGGCCCUCCCCCUCCCCCCCAGCCCUCCUCCUCUUCUGGCCCACAGGGAUUCUAUACCACCAGGGCCCCUCCAGAAUUCAGCUUCCUGGAGAAGCUCCAUGCCGUGGAGGAGGAGCUGGCCAUCGGCCCAGUCUGCCUGGAGCCCUACCAGCCACCCCUGGCGGACGGUCUGAUGGCGUGUCGUACCCGCUCCAAGAGGCCCCUCCGGGACGUCCCCAUGGGACAGCUGGAGGCAGAGCUCUGUGCCCCUGACAUCACGCCCGACAUGUACGGGUGUGACUCCGCCCCCGAGGACCCAGAGUGGACCCACUGGCUGCAGGGCAUCAUGACCUCUGACAUGUACAACGAUGAGGAAGGUGAUGAUGAUGACGACGACCCGGAGUAUAACUUCCUGGCGGAGAGCGACGAACCCGACGUGGAGGAUUACCGUAAUGACCGAGCCGUCCGCAUCACCAAAAAGGAAGUGAACCAGUUGAUGGAGGAGUUGUUUGAGACAUUCCAGGAUGAGCUGACUACUCAGGAGCAAGAUGGGGAGGGACACGAGGAAGAGGAGGAGAGGGAGGAAGAGGCACCUGCCCUGGGGACACCCACAUUCAACACCCCGCCAGAUAUCCCGUUGGAGGACCCCAUGGCGGAGGUGACGGCAGGGCGCUACCGUACGGUGAAGGAGCAGCUGGACGCCAUCCGGCGUCGCCGGGCCCUGCUGGAGAGCCAGGGUCUGUUGGUCCCCAGGGCCCUCAUCACCAAGCCCCGGGAGCCCCCGCCUCCAUUCACCCCCACCCUCUCCCACCACCAGAGACUCCAGCUGCAGCAGCAAGUCCAGCAGCACGUCCAGCUCCUGACCCAGGUCCAUAUGUUAACCAGCCCGGUGGCUGCACUGCAGAGCGAAGCUGCCACCACCAAGCAGUUCCUGAUGGAGUUACAGAUGUUUGCCCAGCGUGGGGAGUUGACCCAGCGUGGGGAGUUGACCCAGCGUGGGGAGUUGACCCAGCGUGGGGAGUUGACCCAGCGUGGGGAGUUGACCCAGGGCCCAGUGGAGACAGGCUUCACCAGUGUGUUCAGAGCCUGUAACCUACAGGGGGCACUGUCACUACUGGAGGAGCUCAGACUGUCCCCAAUCCCUUACCAGGAAGCCCCUAACGAGCCACGAACAUGCAGGAGAGUCCGGAAGCACCCGUCGAUGCCACCCCAGCUGGCAUGGCUGUUUGCCACACGGCCGGUGUUCCUGUACCCUGAGCUACUGCCCCAUGUCAGCCUGGACCCAGCCCUGCACUCCGCCCGCUCAGUCAGCAUGUUCACUGCAGGAGAGGACUGCCUGAUCGUCCUGGGCCUGAGAAACCUGGGGGAGACCCUCCAGCCCAAGGAGCUGCUGUGUCACUACCUGCUCCGCGCCAAGAGGGUCUCUCAGCUCCGUGACCACAUUAUGGAGAAGUGUAAACACACCCAUCCCAACAACGUCAUCAAGGCCUACCAGCUCCAGAAAGUGAUCCUUCCCAUGCCGGUGGCCUGUGAGCGAGUGAAGCCGGGUGACCUGCGCCCUUCAGUGGAGAGAGAGGAGAGAGCCAUGCCCGGAUGGCUGAGGAGAAGUUUGCCUUAUAUCUACGAGGCAAUCAGAGAACUCAACAGCUCGCCGGAUACAGAAGCCAUGUCGGCAUGUCAAUCAAAGAAAGCCCCACUCGUCACUCUUCUCUUCAGUUCCUCCAGAACUUUGGACUACAGCUUCCCUCCCGGGACUCGCUACCCGACCCAACUCCCCGACAGCCUUUCAUUCCAGCGCUGUGGCUUCAGGCGCUGGCACCGUCCACCCCCCUGUGACCUCUCGCUGUCCCUGGCUGUAUCGCACAACGACACCCAGAGUCUGAGAAGUGGAACUACAUGCUCUGAAAAUAAUUCCCAGACAGGUGCUGUGAUUCAGCAGUGCAUGGCCCACCACAAACUGCGGCCCAUCCAGCCUGCAACAUUCAAACCUCCUUCUCUUCAGCAUCCCACCAAGCCUCAUCUGAAACGUCCCCUCAAGCCUCAACCCAAACCUUCCCAGAAGCCCCUGCACGUCAUCCUCAAUUUGCCUGCCCCAGUGCCCGCAGCUGUCCUUUGUCCUGCCCCUUCCGCCAGGGUGUUGGCCUCCCGGUUGUCACAUUUCGCUCCAUUGGCCAAAGACCUGGUUGCUCGGAAGUUCAGCACGUUCGCCAACCUCCGCAGGCUGCCCAGGCUGCUGCCAGCUCCUCCACCCAACAACAAGAACCCUCCCCAAACAAACCUGAAUACUGUGGCCCCCAACAGUGGAGCAAACCUCCUUUUGUUGCCCCACAUGAGUAGUGGAACAGCCUCCACUGUUACCGAAACCCAAACCUCGGUCUCUUCUACGACUCCUAUCGAACAAUUCAAGAAAAACUCCUCCAGGACGAGCCGGCGGCGGGUGACAAAGAAACCUAAAAGCAGCCUGAAGAGUGAGGGGAAGCCCCAGCCUUUAGCUUCUACAGAACCACCUGCCCUGGACCAGGCUCUGACCCCAUACGACUAUCUCACAGUUGUAAUGGAGGAAGAUGGGGUGGAUGAGGAUGGAGGUGAUUUUGAUAUGCCCCUCCUGGCCCUGUCGGAGUCCUCUGCCAGCCCCCCAGGGAGCGUUGACUCCGAUGACCCCGCUGAGGAGUCAGAGUCAGAGGCGGGGCAGGAGAUAACGCUGACCCUAUCGCCCGGGCCGUCAGAUAUGGGGGAUGGAGGGUGGGAGGGUGAAGAGGGAAGGGGAGACAGAGAUCAGGAGGUAGAGGAAGUGAUGUCACCAGCUUCCGAGGAGUCCACAUUGUCCGUGCCAGAGCUGCAGGAGACGAUGGAGAAACUGUCAUGGCUGGCGUCAGGGGGGAGGUCAGAGGACUUGGAAGAGGGUGAACGAUCAGGCACACCUUCAGAAUGUCAUAGUAGUAGCCUCAACCCUCCUAGCUCAAGGCACGAGCAGCAUCACACUGGAGUAGUCGGCAGCAAGGGGAUAUCCAAAAGCCCACCGAUCGUCUACGACCAUGACGACCUACUCGACAGCGACCCCCUGAGGGAGAAGAAGGAAAUAGCCUUCGCUCAGAAUUAUCUCAACAGGGUGUGUCAUGCCCUGCAGGAGGUGCCGGGGCGCGUGGAGGAGUUUCUGGAGGUACUCUAUGAGUUUGAGCAGGACGGAGAUGAGCAUACCUCUGUGGAACUCUUCAUGAGGCUAAAACCUGUUCUGAACAAGUGGCCGGAGCUGCUCCGAGACUUUGCUGCCUUCCUCCAUCCCGAACAAGCCCAGGAGUGUGGACUGCUGUCAGAGCAGCAGGCGUUUGAGCGUAGCCGGCACUUCCUGCGACAACUGGAGCUGAGCUUUGGGGAAAACUCCUCCCACUACCGCAAGAUAGUGAGCGUCCUUCAAGGAGGCCCUACUCUCAGUCCUGCUGGCAUCAAGGAGGUGAAGGCCCAGAUAGCCAACCUUCUCCGAGGUCACACCCACCUGCAGGGGGAAUUCUGGGUGUUUUUCAACGAGCUCCACUUACGGCCCCCGUUGCAGUGUCAGACUGAGAACAGAGGCCGUGGUGAUGUGACCAACACAAACUCCACUUCCCAGAAGUCAUCACCAGCAAAUAAACCUAAGAGAUGCCAAGGCACUAAAGCCACACAAGUAAAGGAGAAAGAAGGGGAUCGCUACACCCACCCUGAGCCUUCAGUCUGUGCCAAAAACAUCUCACUUACACCCAGUGGAGAGAAAGUCAUCCUCUGGACCAGGGAGGCGGACCGUGCCAUCUUGACCGCCUGUCAGCAGAAGGGGGCAAAUAAAAUAACCUUUGAAGCCGUCUCCGCCCAACUUGGCAACAAGACAGCCAAUGAGGUUUGUGCCCGUUUCCAGGAUCUCAUGCGCCUUUUCCUCUCCUCCACCGAGCGGGUGUACUCCGACGAGGAGGUCAGUGACACAGAGCCAACCAGCAGCAGAGCGCCAGACCCGGACUGAGCAGGACCCAACACCAGUGGAACAGUACCGUAAUAACACUUAGUCAGCUGGAUUGACAAGACUGCAGUCUAAGCCACAGAAAAGGAGGAGCGCUUGACCAAUCUCUAAACUUGGUUGGGACUUGACUGUGCUUCCUCUCUGACUGAACACUACUGAAGGUGCAGAAAUAUGGGUAAGUCUCCUGUUGAUGGUGCAGGGGCUAUUAAGACACGCCCAGGACUCGUUUCUGUGCUAGUAUGCAUAGACGAAGUACAAAUGUUCCAAAUGUGUUAAUAUGUUCAGGCCAUGAGGUUCCUAGUGUUAUGAGGUGCUAAAAUGUGAAAUAGAAUCCCUCUUGAAUGUAUGAAGGAGAAAAGCGCAUAAGAUGUACAAGAGUUCUUAGAGCUGUGUCCGGCUACAAGUAAUAUUGGAUGAGCUCCUGAGGGCCUUCCAAAUCACAAUUAAGAGAAACACAUUGCACCGUAAGAAUCAGUGUAGACAAUAGCACAAUCAUGUUGAAUUAAAGUUUGCUGAAAUGUAUAAAAGGGAUAAAAAUGGACAAUUGGUUGCCAACUGUAGUGUUUUCAUUAUGACGUGGAUUGACUGAUACUGGAGAGUUAGAUGCUUUGCUGGUUGCUAGUAUGACUGUUUGAAUAAAGUGUACAUAAUUGUUUUA